AUGCAGCUCUCGGGGGAGUUGCGCGAGGUGCUGGUGGCAGCGUUUCCGAAGAGCGUUCGCGGUGUGUCUGUGCUGGACCGGGAGGGCAUGACCCUCGUGUGGAGUCUCUUGGACGAGCUCCUGCGCGUGGCUCUCCUCCCUCCUCCCGCCGCCCCCUCCAGCGCUGACGAGACGCAGCACAACGACAAGAAGCGGCAUCACACGACCGGCCACUUGGACGGGGUGGUCGCCGAGCAGAGGUGGCGCGACCUCUUCCUCCAGCACCACGUCGAGCCCGAGAAGGAGGGGCGCGAACCCGGACCCACCGGGCACCCCCAAGCCCUUGUCGAUACCAUUCUCUCGGUGCUGCGGGCGGGGAAGGAGGCUGCGCCGGGCGAUGAGAGCGGGCACAGGGAGGCUGCGCUCAACUCGGCGCAGGCUCUGCUGUUGGUCGGUUCCCGGGUCGCCCAGAAAGCCCAAGGCCUGGAACCCGAUUGGUGCGUGCUCGCAAGAACGAACCUCGCGUUGAGCGCACGGGGCGAUCCGGCACUGGCGUCACUGUUCCAGCACUCGGCGUGCCUCCGCGUGCAGCCGGCCGCUCUCGUUGCUCUGUGUGCCCAGAUCAUCGUCGAUGAAGAAGUCGACUACCACAACAACGCAGAGCUGCCUGAUGAGGUGGUUAAGGCCAUCGAAAAGGUGGACACGAGAGUUAAGAUGGAGCGUCUGUUGGAGCGGAUCGAGGCGUGCCUGCCCGACCUGAAGGCCAAGCUCACGCCCGCUACCGACGAAGAGCUGAGCGCCGUCAAAAAGAAGUUUUGCCUCUGGUUCCCUCCAGAACUGGAGGCGUUCUUCAAGUGGAGCAAUGGGGUACCGCGUGAGGCCCCGGGCAUGAUCCGAUUCAUCAACUGCGCAAGCCUUGCCGAAAUCGACGAGGAGUUCCACUACAGUGAGUUCUUCCCACACUUGUUCCGCAGGAUGAUCGUGCAGAUCGAUAAUGAGUGCCAGACCUCGCACCUGAUCUCGCCCAGCUUUAUUGGAAGCGUGCAGGCCUACGUGGAAGCCCUCGAGCAGCACAAGGACAAUCCUUCUGCGCUGGAAACCGUACAUCUCCCCAAAGUUGGCGGGAAGCUCAGUGUCGAGGCGCCCGAGAUCUACGCCGACUUCCUCAAGACCAACCCCUAUGGCGAGGACUAG